UCUUUCUACUAAAGGGUCUGAACUCUAGACGGUUCUCUCUAAGUUGGACCCUUUCUUGUCUCUCAACUCUUCAAAUUUCUCACGUUUGAUCCCCCCCUUCCCUCCUCCUCCUCUUCACCCAGUCCCCCUCUUCCUUUCUUGGCUUCAAUUUUCCUCUGCAGCAGAGAAAAAAGAAAUGGAAGUGGAAAACCAGCAGCCGGGCUCAUGGGAAGGGUAUGUAAGUUGGAGAAACAGGCCCGCACUCAAAGGCCGCCAUGGUGGCAUGGUAGCUGCAUCCUUCGUCUUAGUGGCUGAGGUGUUGGAGAAUUUAGCAUAUCUGGCGAAUGCAAGCAACUUGGUACUGUAUUUCUCGGAAUACAUGCACUUCUCACCAUCAAAUUCAGCGAAUUCUGUGACAAAUUUCAUGGGCACCGCUUUCCUGCUUGCCCUUGUUGGAGGGUUCUUGUCCGAUGCCUUCUUCACCACUUAUUUCAUCUACCUCAUAAGUGCCCUCAUUGAAUUCCUGGGCUUGGUGAUACUGACGGUGCAAGCUCACUCACCAUCUCUAAAGCCACCAAAAUGUGACCCUGCAACCCCUAGCAUUCCAUGCCAAAAAGUUCAUGGUGCAAAAGCUGCUAUGUUAUUCAUCGGCCUAUAUCUGGUGGCAUUGGGGGUUGGAGGUAUCAAAGGGUCGCUACCGGCACAUGGGGCGGAGCAGUUUGAUGAGGACAGCCUUAAGGGCAGGAAGCAAAGAUCCACAUUCUUCAAUUACUUCGUGUUUUGCCUCUCGUGUGGAGCUUUAAUUGCCGUGACCCUGGUGGUGUGGGUUGAGGACAAUAAGGGGUGGCAAUGGGGAUUUGGGAUCUCCACUUUUGCAAUAUUGUUGUCAAUUCCAAUUUUCCUCCUGGGAUCGACUUAUUACAGAAACAAGAUACCAAAUGGAAGUCCGCUUACCACAAUAGUCAAGGUCUUGCUCGCCGCGCUGCUAAAUUCAUUCAAAUCAAGGGGCUCAAACAAUGCUAUAGCUAGCAUGGCAACAAGUCCUACUCCAACUCCAGCAUCUGAGGAAGAAGGUGGAAAUAUAAAGAGUAAAACAGUUGAACCAAUCCAGGUGACUCCAUCAAAAAGUCUCCAGUUCCUCAACAGAGCAGUGGGAGACAACUCGACUGCUGGUGCACUGGACUGCUCAGUGCAACAAGUGGAAGAAGUCAAGGUUGUGAUUAAAAUCCUCCCCAUCUUUGCUUGUACCAUAAUUCUGAACUGCUGCCUUGCCCAACUGUCCACGUUCUCAGUUCAACAAGCUGCAACCAUGAACACUAAACUUGGCUCCUUAAAAGUCCCUCCGGCAUCUCUUCCAUUUUUCCCUGUAAUCUUCAUGAUGUUCCUAGCACCAGUAUACGACCAUUGCAUCAUCCCCUUUGCUCGUAGAGCCACAAAAACAGAGAUGGGAAUCAGUCAUCUUCAACGCAUUGGCAUUGGAUUAGUCCUAUCCAUUCUAGCAAUGGCAGUGGCAGCUGUAGUUGAAAUCAAGCGGAAGAGAGUAGCUAUGGAUACUGGAUUACUUGACACCACCAAGCCAUUGCCCCUCACAUUUUUCUGGAUUGCUUUCCAAUACUUGUUCCUGGGAUCAGCUGAUCUUUUCACAUUAGCAGGAUUAUUGGAAUUUUUCUUCACAGAAGCUCCGAGUAGCAUGAGAUCUCUGGCUACCUCUCUUUCCUGGGCUUCACUGGCAAUGGGAUACUAUCUCAGCACUGUGAUUGUCUCAAUUGUUAACAGUGCCACAGGAAACUCCGAUCACAAGCCGUGGCUGUCAGGGAGCAACUUGAAUCACUAUCACUUGGACAGAUUUUACUGGGUGAUGUGUGUCCUAAGUAGUCUGAAUUUCUUGCACUAUCUAUUUUGGGCAAUGCGAUACAAAUAUAGAUCAGGUAGGGCCCCUAACUAAUGGGCAAUCCUGAAAUGUAAAAAGUGAACUCCCAAAUUUUAAGUCAUAUGUAUAGUUUGCUAUGAGAAUUAAGGUUAAGAGUAUAGGAAGACAGUCCGUUGGCUGUAAAUAUGUCCAAUGAUUUGCUGCAUUUUGUUGUUCACAUCGUAGAGUCAGCAAGAGGAAUAGUAUUACUAUAUAUUUGAAAAUUGAGAUAAUUUUGCAAUU